ACAAAUAUCAAGCUAUAUCAGAAGGAGAAAAUGAAAACAAUAAUAUAGAAAAGCAUCAAGCUAUAUCAGAAGAAGAAAAUCAAAACAAUGAUCCUGAUAAUGAAACACUUAAUAAUAAAGCAAUUAAUAUCCAACUUUCACAAAACAUCCAAAAUUUACCCCAUAUUGUUAGAAAAGGACAACUAUUUAAAUAUCAUUAUAUGAGCAGUAUAGAAAAAGAAUGA